AUGACAUUACUACUGGAGACGAUGCGUGUGGUUAAUAACAAUCUCCCUUCUCGAAUUGCGGAAUAUGAUGAAUCUGAGCUACUAGCAGACUUUACCCUAGGAGAUGGUUUUCGGGUCACGAUCAACAAUCACACGGUGACGCGUUCUAUUGUCGAGCUGUACUCAAGUGCACGAAUCGUUGCUUGUGAUGUCAUUGAUCGCAGCAGAGAUCUUGGAGUACCGACGUUUACAGUGGUGUGUGAUAUGUUGACGUCGAAGACCCAGAAAUCCACCAAAUACUUGGGCCUCCGUCUCUACUUUACCGACUGUGAACUGAAACUCCAAUCGAUUCUUUUGGGUACUCGCCAUUAUGAACCCAUGUAUGGCGAGAGAAGUGAAGGAAACAUCAAAUGGAUGAUGACGACAGGACUUCAUCUUAAAUGGGAAUGGAGUAUGCCGCAUCUAACGAGCGCUGCAACAAAGAUGGCAUUUGGAAUCGUGCCGCAGCGAUGCAACUCGAAGAACCCCGAAGGAACUGAUCUGCUUUCACGCAUCGCUCGCACCACGUAUGCAAUUCGUUCUAAUGCAACCAUGGGGAGUCUUUUUGCCGAGCUUUGUGAAAUGGCGAACACUGGCGCGUCCAAACAAUUGCUUGAGCAUAAAGAUCACCGCUUUAUGGGUUUAGAGAAGGUUAUUAAACCUGCACCAGAGGGCCUACCUAUCGCAGAUGACAAGGAAACUCUUUUCCAAUUGUAUGGACUGCUGAACCCUGUUGCAGCUCUCAAUACUAAAAGCCAGAAAGAAGACACAAACCAAGUGAGCGUUCUCCUGUCGGUAUUUCGCCUUCGAACGACCAUUUUGGACGAAACGCAGCCCAUCCAAGACAAGGCACAACCCUCUUCGGAACCUCCGCUGUUCUACGAAGUGCAAAAUCUCACUCGACUCGCCAAAACUACGCGUGCCCUGCUAGCACAAGCAUUUCACAAGAACUUCUUCAUUCGCUAUACGGACCCAUCGCGUUUUCGGAGUACAGCUUAUAUACCAGAAAUGCAAUUGUUGUUGCACCCGUCAACCAAGAACCAAGCCAAAACUCUCGCUAAGAUUCCCCACCUUCGCCUAGACGAACAUAGCGUGGCGCGAAAUGUAGCGUCUGUGAAGGUAGCUCAGCAAACGGUGUUUUCGGAAGAUCUCAUGGAAUUUACCGAAGAAACAGCGAUGACAGUUGUUCAACGCGAUGUGCAUGAAGCUCGAGUCGACGAAGAGCUCGACAGGUGGUUAGCAGAUCCGACAAAAUGA